AUGAAUGUAAGUUUUUCAACAAAACUAAAAAUCAAUAAAAACCUCCAAUUUUUGCAGAACGAUAAAGUUACUCAAGAGAAUGUCCCAGAUCGCGCUGGGACACAAAACAUGGCACAAGACCAGCCAAUAAUUCCGGAAGGAGAAAUUGUUGCUGUGGAGGCGAACGAUGUUCAUUUGGCCGAGCUUCGCUCCAGGCUUCUCGAAUUGGGAUUCUUCAAUUUGGCCGCUCAACUUGGACUGAACAUGACCACCACUGGCUCGAAUUCCAGUUCAUCGCCAUCUGCGAAUCGACCAAUCGCACUUGGACCGGAAAUUGUUGCAGAUAAUGAAAAAUGA